UUAAACCCAUUUGUAAGGUAUGGUUGUAUCGACGGAACUAAGUAGUGGGAGGGUUGUUUAUUUUCGUCCUUCUGACUGGGCUGAGGAACAAUACAAUUUAAAGAGAGAAGUGUGAAUAGCGGACUAAAGUGGAAAGCCUUCUCUUUCUGUACACACAUUUGGAUAUAAAGUGCUUUUCGGCGAUUCACAAACUCUCGACCCUGUGUGCAGAGUGAUGCAACAUGGCAGCAGCGGCUGUCAAUAAGUGCUUUCUUUCAGCAUUAAGGACUCAUAGUUGGUGUCAGAGCCGAGGACUUAACUCUGUAGCCGAGAGGACAGUCAGGCAUGUGUCCUCUGCUGUGAUAUGUAACCACGGGGUCGCUGAAGGAAACGCGAGCCUGGACAGGAGAGCUCCGGCUGGGCAGAGAAGGAGAAGUGGUGGUCGGGAAAGCAGCAGCAGUUUUUCUUUGCUCCGCUCCCUGUCGGUGGGUUUGGGGCUCUGUGGUGCGGUGCUUCUGGACACUCAAAAAGAGGAAAAGGGGGACAAAGGAGUGCUGAUAUCCCGGGGAUUUCUGCCUUCAGCUCAUUGCGCUUCUCCCUUUAAACCUGACAGCCCUCGAUUUAAGUACAACUUUAUUGCAGAUGUGGUGGAAAAAUCCACUCCAGCUGUGGUGUACAUUGAAAUCGUGGGCAGACUCCCUUUCUCAGGAAGAGAGGUCCCGGUUUCAAAUGGCUCCGGUUUCAUCAUCAGUAGCGACGGUCUCAUCGUCACUAAUGCCCACGUCGUAGCCAACAAGCGAGGCGUCCGUGUGAAGCUCACCAAUGGAGAGAUGUACAAUGCUACUGUGCAGGAUGUCGACCCCGAGGCAGACAUCGCCACCAUCAAAAUCUCUGCGAGGAAUCCUUUACCCACGCUCACACUCGGACAGUCGUCAGACGUUCGACAGGGAGAGUUUGUGGUGGCGAUGGGGAGCCCGUUUGCAUUACGAAAUACAAUCACUUCGGGGAUUGUCAGCUCAGUACAGAGAGGCAGUAAGGAGCUGGGCCUGUCCAACUCUGACAUGGCCUACAUACAGACAGAUGCAACCAUUGAUUUUGGAAAUUCUGGAGGUCCCCUCAUUAAUCUGGAUGGGGAAGUCAUCGGUAUAAACACCAUGAAGGUUACUGCUGGGAUCUCCUUUGCAAUUCCGUCUGAUCGCGUCAGGCUUUUUCUUGAUAAAGCAGCAAAAAGAAAAAGCUCUUGGUUUCGCGAGGCUGAGACAAAGCAGCGGUACAUCGGUGUUAUGAUGCUGACGCUGACGCCGAGGAUCAUUGCAGAGUUGAGGAUGAGAGACUCAUCCUUUCCAGAUGUGACUCACGGCAUCCUGAUUCACAAGGUAAUCCCCGGAUCCCCGGCCAACAGAGCUGGCAUGCAAGCUGGAGAUAUUGUGCUGGAGAUUAACGGGGUCAAGGUGAACACCUCGGAGGAGAUCUACCAGGCUGUCCGCAGCAGCGACAAAAUCACUAUGCAGGUGCAGAGAGGACAAGAGUUGCAUCGCCUCCAUGUAACUCCAGAGUAUAUAGAGUAACGCAAAUGCCAAUAGUUUGUCAGCCGCUGGACAAUGAGGUGGUUAGUUUGCGUACACCAGAAAACUGUGAAACCUUACAGUGUUUGCUGUUGAAUAAACUGGAUUUUAAUGUAAAA